GGCGCGCGCGGUGUUUGGAGUAUUGGAGUAUCGCUCGACGUUCGCGCCUCGCGGCUCGCGCGCAGUCCUAGCUGCGACUCCGAUCGUGUCGAAUGUUGUCGUUGGCGUUUGACAUUGGUAGACUAACUGCAGUAGAAUUCCAGAAACGCUUUUACCGAAAGCCGAGCAGCCGUCGUUUCCGGUCGGCUAUCGAGUAUCGCGCAUUCGCGUCCGCGCAAAAAACAUUGAGUGAGAAAAUCGCCUGAUCGUCUCUGUUGACCGUUGAGUGUUGUCGCACGUUGCGCGCCGCACAUUGUGUCACGACACGCACGACGUGUACCGCGUAUACGCGAGUCAUCCGGCCGAGAAGGACGGACGGUUCGAAAGAGGAAGAGAGAGAGAGAGUGAACCGAAGGGCGUGAGAGCGGUGAGAGAGUGACGGAGAAGCAGUGACCGGGUGCAGCCGCAGCGGAGAAAGGAAAGGCGGAAGGAUUAUAUAUUCGGACAAUAUGGCCACCGCGAUCGACGAUCGGCAGGAGCUGUUGGAGCAAUUCCAAGCGAUUGACGCGAACGGAGAUGGCUUCAUCAACGUUACCGAGUUACGAAACGCUUUGGACGUUUGCGGCUUCAAAAUGCCGGGCUACAAAGUGCGUCAGAUGAUCGAGGAGUAUGACGAUAAGCAGCGGCUGGAGCACAAAGGUCGGCUGUCCUUCGAGGAGUUCGAGAAGCUCUGCAAGGAACUCAAGGCCAACGAACUGGGCUCCACGUUCAAGCAAGUCGUGUCGAAGAAGGAGAACCUUGAGACUCUGGGUGGAAUUUCCGAGGCAUCCAGCGAAGGAACCACACAUUCUGUCAGGCUUGAGGAACAAUUGGCGUUCAGCGACUGGAUAAACACCAAUCUGUCGCACGAUCCUGACUUGAAGCACCUGCUGCCCAUCGAUCCCGAAGGAAAGAUGCUCUACGACAAGGUCAAGGAUGGAAUAUUACUCUGUAAAAUAAUCAAUCAUUCUUGUCCGGACACUAUUGACGAGCGCACGAUCAACAAAAAGAACCUGACGCUGUACAAGAAGCAUGAGAAUUUGACACUAGCUCUGUCCUCAGCCCAAGCUAUUGGCUGCAACAUCGUAAACAUCGAUGCCCACGAUCUCACCAAAGGUUCACCCCAUUUGGUGCUAGGUCUACUCUGGCAGAUCAUCCGAAUCGGCUUGUUUAACCAGAUCACUCUCGAGAAUUGCCCCGGUUUGGCCACUCUUCUGCAAGAUGGUGAACGAAUCGAAGAUUUAUUGAAGCUAUCCCCGGAGGCGAUUCUUCUCCGAUGGGUGAACCAUCACUUGGAGAAUGCCGGUAUCGCCAGGCGAUGCAACAACUUCCAGUCCGACAUCACGGACUCUGAGAUUUACACUUAUCUCAUCAAACAGAUCGCACCAAACACGGCUGGUGUUACCUUAGAAGCCUUGAUGGAACCGAACCACAUGUCUAGGGCGGAAAUUAUGCUUCAACAAGCUGCAAAGCUGGGCUGUCGUAGUUUCGUGACGCCUAGCGACGUCGUGAACGGCAUUUAUAAACUCAACUUGGCCUUCGUUGCUAAUAUGUUUAACAAUUAUCCCGGAUUGGAUAAGCCGGAAAACAACAUCGAAGGUUUAGAGUCUCUAGAAGAGACGCGAGAGGAAAAGACCUAUAGAAACUGGAUGAAUUCGAUGGGCGUGACGCCGCAUGUCAACUGGCUCUACUCAGACCUCGCUGAUGGCCUGGUGAUCUUUCAGUUAUACGAUAUCAUCAAACCAGGCACUGUAAAUUGGAACAAAGUGCACAAAAAAUUUACAAAACUUCGAAAGUUUAUGGAGAAGCUGGAGAACUGCAAUUAUGCUGUCGAACUAGGCAAGCAAAUGAACUUCUCGCUCGUGGGUAUCGCCGGACAGGAUCUCAACGACGGAAAUGCGACUUUGACGUUGGCUCUGAUAUGGCAAUUGAUGAGGUCAUAUACGUUAUCGAUUCUGACGUCUCUAGCUGGUACUCAGGGAAGCACCCUUGUGGAGAAAGAAAUUGUUCAAUGGGUGAAUUCCAAACUCCAAGCGGCUGGAAAGACCAGCAGUAUCAAGGGAUUCCAGGAUUAUUCAAUAUCGGAUGGCAAAGUCGUCAUCGAUCUCAUCGACGCCAUCAAACCUGGUUCAGUGAACUAUGAUCUCGUUAAGGAGGGCGGAACUGAAAAUGAAAAUCUGGACAACGCGAAGUACGCGAUAUCUUUGGCGCGAAAGUGCGGUGCGCGUGUCUAUGCGCUGCCGGAGGACAUUACCGAGGUGAAGCCGAAGAUGGUGAUGACGGUAUUUGCCUGUUUGAUGGCGAUGGACUACAUCCCGAACAUGGACUCUGUGAAAAAUCAGCAGAACAACGUAAACAACGGUCAAUAAUGUCGGCAUCAAUUCAUCGUCACGUUGCUCCACCUAAUUGAUGCCGUUUAUCUUUUUUACACAAGAACUUUUGCUCGGAUCGCGCCGCCUCACGCUUCUUCUACGGGCGUAAUAUUUGUAUAUACGUAGAUUAAGUUUAGUUAACUCUUGAUUUUGAAGAAAUUAUUAGGGAUUACUGCUAGGAAGAAUUUAUGAGACGAGAAGGGGAACUCCUUUGGAAUUCUGACGAGAUAUCGUUUGAUCCCUUUUUGUUUGUUGAAUAUCGUGUGAGGUACAUAACAACAUGCCAAGAUCGUGUUUGAUGAAAGAAAUUGUAUUACGACGAAGUCUGAAUAUUUUUUGAUUAAAACAUACGAAUAUGUUCAUAUAGUCAAUUAUCUGUACGUACGAUAUAUAAGAAUUCAAAAUUUAAAAUAUCUUUUAAAUAAACUUUUUAUUAAUUAAAAUGGCGAUAAUAAAACUUUGAUCUAAGAUUUACGGUAUAUCGAUAUGCCGAUAAUUCUCGUGCCAGAAAGUGUAUUUACUUACAAGAUAAGAAGGCCAGAUUGUCAUGAGUAAGUCUCGCUCGAAUCGACACUAUUUACUCCUAAACACUUUUCUACUACUACAUGUGACUGAUUAUCGUGUCUUACUGUGCAAAGUGGAAUUCUCCUUCUCUAUUGUUUAUGCAAUCAUAUCAUACGUUUCACAUUAUACAUAUAUACCACAUCGGGUUUGUAUAAAACAAUUUUAUAUCGAGUACACAUAAAGUGAGCAAAUAUACGCUAGAAACCACCGAGAAAUAUUCAAAGUGCAUACUCAAAUAUUCAGAAUGUACAGGGUAUAUUUCAAUAUUAUUUUUAAUAGAUAAAUUCUUUUAGAAAAAUUUUAAUUUUAAAUCUGUUAGCACAGGAUAUUGGUCACUGAAUCUUAAAAGUUGCAAUGAAUGAUAAUUUUCGUACAAGUUUUUUCUUUAAAGAAGAAAAAUUAACACUUGAUUUGUCAAGAAAUUAAAAUUUUGUAGGAUCCCGUAUACAUUUUAAACAAAUUAAUUAUCUUGUUUUGCACGUGUUAUAUAUAUACAUAGAAUGGUAAUUUAACACUCAAAUUACGCAGUACAGUCAUAAACAUAUAUUUAACACAUGAGGUAGAUAUACGUAUUUGAUAAUCUAGGAUGUAAGAGAUUUGUGAUCUAUAUUUAAACGAUUAUUUUUUACGAGCUCUCGAUGAUUCACACAGUAUCUAUCAGAGGGUCAUAAGUCAUAAUGGUCUAAAACUUUUUGGUUGACUAUUUUUCUUGCACAUUAAUAUUGAAUAAAUGAAUUUUAUAGCCAGCAUAAUUUACGACGUCUGUACAAAGUAUAUACUUUAUAUGUGUAUUAUACGAGAAUAUUGAUGACUUUUUAUACAUCUUGUCCGGCUCUAAAUAGUAAUUCCUGAAAGAGGAAGAAGGAGGCCUUUUGAUACUUCACUCAUGAAAUCUGCCCUCUCAUAGCGUGGCAACAGUUUCAUUGCCAUAUGUCAUUAAAACGUAUUCGACAUAAUGCAUGUUCGAAAAGUCGAUCAGUCGACGAUUGUAUCGUGCACUCUGUAAAUGGACGACAAUGAAUAAUAAUUAUGUUAUCAGAUUAUCAUUUUGACGCACAAAAUAAUUGUAAUCGUGCCAUUAUAAAUAUUGAAGUCUAAAACAUGAUUCAAUAUUUACAACAUUUAUAAUUUAUUUGAAUUGAGACGUACUUAUGAAUUCGAAGAUGGAUACUAAAACAAUAUUCGCGAUUGCUCUCUGUGAAUGAAAGAGUUAAAAAACGUAGAUUUCUCUUGAUCUGCGUAUUUUUGCAACGUGUUUCGUGCACGUAGCAAAUGUAUAUACAUAUAUAUAAUAUUGGGGAAUUAAUUGUUUUUAGAAAAUAAAUGCUCCCUUUAUAAUCAAGCGAAGGUUCAAUCACAAGAUGAUCAUGAAUCAAAUUUCAUGGACUAAAAAUUUUUUUUACAAAUAUUUUGGGACGAAUUCCAUUGUAUUGCGUAAUUAAUUUUUGUGCACUAAAUUUUAGAGAUUGCUACAAGGGAUGAAUAUUAGAUGAGAUUUAAAAUUUAGCAUGCUUCUUGCAUUUACUAUAAUUGUGUAGUCAUUGACUUAAAUUAUAGUCGAUCAAUUGUUAAUUAUGACAGAUGCUAAAUGUAAUUAUGUUACGAAAGGUGAGAAAUCAUCUAAAAUGAAUUAAGUGCAAUGCAUGUUAUCGCGAUUUGCAUAGAUACUUUUCUAAAUUUGUUUUUCCUGUGGAUAUGAAAUUUGCAGUCUUAAAGUGACGUUAAAGUAACAUUUCUUCAAUAUCAAGGUUGCGUUAUUAUUUCAAGAGAAAACGAAGUAGAUGCAUGACACAUUCAUAUACUGAUAUACAGAAGAAAAAUUGGCCGAAAAAAGUUGAAAUAUAAUGUGACGCAAAUUUGAAGCAUUUAUAUUAGUCCAGUGUGCAAUUACGCGAUUGAAAAAUUCUCGAGGGCCAUUUGCAAUUCGACUAAUUAGAACUAAGUGUCGCAAUCAUUGAAUAACUUUCAAUUUAUGAUGAUCAUUGUAUACGUAUACGUUUCAUAUAUAGACACAUUCGCGCGUAUCAUAUACACACACACACACACACACACACAACACGCACAUUCCAUGUGUGUGAACAUGCGUCCAUCGUUCUAGUUAUAAUUUAAUGUAUGAGUAAUUUAAAUAAAGAAAAAUUUACUAUGUACA